AUGAAUAUCCUUGAAAGGAUAUUUCUUAGUAAACAAUCGGCUUUGUUAUUUUAUUCAAUCGUCUUCCUAAGCAGUGCCUGUGCAAAGGUGGAUAAUACAUCGUGGAAAGAUUUUCUCUUUGGAACAAAAUGGAAAUCUUCAACGUCGCCUGUAUCACGUGAUUAUAGGUUUUUGCCAAUAUUCAGUGUAGUCCCUAUGGGACCAGCAUUGUGCUUGGCUCCAUCAGGGGAAGUGGGCAGCUGUAUACCCAAUAAGGACUGCAUUAUACGAGGUGGUAUACCAGCAGGGCCAUGUGGAGGAGGAUAUGGAAUAUGCUGUGUUUUUUUGCAGACAUGUGGCGGUAUUAUAAGGGAGAACUCCACAUAUUUCGUUAACCCCAAUCAUCCAGACACUUAUGAUGGUACAGGAAGUUGCCAGGUUACGGUACAAAAAGUACAUCCCGACAUAUGCCAGUUAAGGUUAGAUUUGGAUAUGUUCUCCAUAGCACCUCCGGAACCCGUAAAUCACCUGUGUACCCAAGAUCAAUUAUUGGUAUCUGGCAGCAGCCCAGUUCCUACCAUAUGCGGCACUUCCUCGGGCGAUCAUAUGUACAUUGAUGCUGGGCUGGGUCAAAGUAAUCCAAUUGUGCUAUCCGUCAUUACCAGUGGAACGUUUCCCAGAAUAUGGCGCAUGCGUGUUACACAAAUACACUGUGGCAGUAUUGGUAGAGCCGAACAGGGUUGCCUACAAUACUACACUGGUAUUAGUGGCCGUGUAAGAAGUUUCAAUUUUAAUACCGUCUCCGGUAGGCAGCUGUCCAAUCAGGAUUACAGCAUUUGUGUGAGAACAGAAAGAAAUUUUUGUGGCAUACAAUAUAAUGCAUGCCCGGACUUAGAAAAUAAUCGUUCGAGAUCUUUUACAUUGUCUGGGAACUCCAAUAAUCCCACGGGCACCAUGGUUGGUGGCGGGACUCAAGUUACCCAAAAUGCCUGCAUACAAGAUUGGCUUUUAAUUGGCUGUAUGCGUUCCGCUGAUCGCAUACCACCCCAAAGUGCAUGCGAGGAUCGUGUAUGUGGUGGUACUUUUAGUGCGGAAGUGGGCAUGGUUCAGAAAACUGUUCAAUCAAGUGUAAGACCCUUUCGAUUAUAUUUUCAUACUGACGGCAUUGAAGCACCCACAGACAUAGAUAACCGAGGAUUUUGUCUUGACUACGUGCAGCAGCCAUGUACAAAUGGAUUUUAAAUUACAAAACAAAGCAACUUCUUCGCCAAUUCUCCCCAUUUGA